AUGGCGGCGGAACCGGAAGUGGGUGCGUGGCGGCGGCGCUGAGCUGCUGCCGGCGGAGGGCAGGAGGCGCCGGGGGCGGCCUGGGACCGGGACCUGCUACCGUGCCCCGGGGGUGCAGGGCCCCGCGCCCUGCGAUGCCGACGUCUGCGCCAUGCUGCUCGCCGCCUGCUCCGCCUGCGCGCUGCUGCUGGCCGCCUGCCUGGCGCUGGAGCUCGCUGCCUGCCGCUCCCGUCCCGCCGGCUCCGCCGCCGCCGCCCACUCCAACCCUGCCUUCCGCCGCUUCCAGCGCCGCUACUACGGCGUGUACCUGCCGGCGCUGGCGGCCGACUGGCUGCAGGGGCCCUUCCUCUACAAGCUGUACCAGCACUACCGCUUCCUGGAGCCGCAGAUCGCCAUCCUCUACGUCUGCGGCCUCGCCUCCAGCGUCCUCUUCGGGCUGGUCUCCUCCUCGCUGGUGGAUGUGCUCGGCAGGAAGAAGUCCUGCGUCCUCUUCUCCCUCACCUACUCCGUCUGCUGCCUGCUGAAGCUCUCCCGGGAUUACCUGGUGCUGGCGGCGGGCAGGGUCCUGGGGGGGCUGUCCACGGCGCUGCUCUUCUCCGCCUUCGAGGCUUGGUACGUCCACGAGCACCUGGAGCGCUUCGACUUCCCCGCGGAGUGGAUCCCUGUCACCUUCGCCAGGGUGGCCUCCUGGAACAACGCCAUCGCCGUGGGGGCCGGAGGGGUGGCUGAGCUCUUUGCCGAGGGCUUGGGCCUGGGGCCGGUGGCUCCGUUCAUGGUCUCCAUCCCCCUGCUGGUGCUCUCGGGGGUGCUGGCGGUGAGGACCUGGGACGAGAACUACGGGCAGCAGAGAGCCUUCUCCAGGAGCUGCGCCGACGGCCUGCGGUGCCUGCUGUCCGACCGCCGCGUCCUGCUGCUGGGCACCGUCCAGGCUCUCUUCGAAAGCAUCAUCUACAUCUUCAUCUUCCUCUGGACGCCCGUCCUGGACCCCCACGGCGCCCCCCUGGGCAUCAUCUUCUCCAGCCUGAUGGCAGCGAGCGCCCUGGGCUCCUCGCUCUACCGCCUGGCACUCUCCAAGCGCUACCACCUGCAGCCUGUCCACCUGCUGGCCCUGGCCGUCCUCCUCCUCUUCUUCUCCCUCUUCAUGCUCACCUUCUCCACCAGCCCCGGCCAGGAGAGCCCUGCCGAGUCCUUCCUCGCCUUCCUCCUCAUCGAACUCGCCUGCGGCCUCUACUUCCCGGCCAUGGGGUUCCUGCGGCGCAAGGUGGUGCCGGAGAAGGACCUCCUGGGGGUGGUGAACUGGUUCCGCCUGCCCCUGAACCUGCUCAGCUGCCUGGGGCUGCUGCUGCUGCACGACAGCGACCGCCAGACGGGCACCAGGAGCAUGUUUGGGCUCUGCGCCGCCGUGGCGCUGCUGGCACUGCUGGCUGCUGGCCGCCUCUUUGCCCUCGUCCGCCACGACGCCGAGCUGCGGGUGCCUGGCACCCCUGUGCCCACCGAUGACACCGCGCCCGAGCCGUGAGGGGUGCCUGGCACCCCUGUGCCUGCCGAUGACACCGCGCCUGAGCCGUGAGGGGUGCCUGGCACCUCUGUGCCCACCGAUGACACCAUGCCCGAGCCGUGAGGGGUGCCUGGCACCUCUGUGCCCACCGAUGACACCGCGCCCGAGCCGUGAGGGGUGCCUGGCACCUCUGUGCCCACCGAUGACACCGUGCCCAAGCCGUGAGGGGUGCCUGGCACCUCUGUGCCCACCGAUGACACCAUGCUCGAGCUGUGAGAGGUGCCUGGCACCCCUGUGCCCACCGAUGACACUGCGCCCGAGCCGUGCCUGGCACCACCGCUGCACCCACUGACACCAUCAUGCCCAAGCCAUGAGCGGUGUGUGGCACUGUCCCCGAGGGGCUGUGGUGGGGACACACAGGGCCUCGGUGCCACCCUCUGGCACCUUGAGGGGUGAUUGGUGUCACCCUGGGGAACCACAGUGGGGACCUGCAGGUCUUACGAGCGGUGCCACCUCUGUGUCACCCUGGGGGCUCUCAGUGGGACACUUGGGCCCUGUGGUCAGUGUCCCCUCUCUGUCACUUCAAAGGGCCACAGUUGGGACACUUGGGUCCUGCCACCGGUGCCACCCCAUGCCCAGCCUGAUGGACCAUAGAGGGGAUGUGGGGACAGUCUGAGUCACUGCCACACUGUCCCAGGCUGUCCCUGUGCCCCCUGCCUUGGCAGGGGCUGCAGAGCAGGCAGGGGGGACACAUUGUUGGUUUUCUAUUAAGCAAUCCAAUAAAGGUCACAGUGCUGCAA